GUCGCCGGGACGUCUGCUGUUGCGAGGCAUGCGCCUUUCGGAGGGUAAAUCGGCAGCCCCUCAGUAAGCUAGUACGCCCCUCGGCAGUACACAUGGUUGCACUGAGGCUUCCUGACUCAGAAGAGUACAUUGAGGCUAGGUCGGGACGACCCCUUGACACCGGUUUCGGCCCAACGAAAGCCUCCAACACGUCGAGGCGGCUGUUCGUCAAUUCGAAUCUAGUCGAUUUCGUCAUGGACACCUUGGUGGCCAACAGUACGCCGCCGGCGGACCUGCAGGAGGCGGCCAACCAAACGUUUCCCCAGCUAUUUUACCGGCAUAGUAUAGGGAUGACUAUCGUCUACUGCAUAGCUUACCUGAUCGUUUUCUUAGUAGGCCUCGUAGGCAAUGUUUUUGUCAUAAUGGUCGUCUACCGUUCUCCGAGGAUGAGGAACGUCACCAACUUCUUCAUCGUCAACCUUGCCGUCGCAGACAUCCUUGUCAUCGUUUUUUGUCUUCCUGCGACCUUAAUGUCCAACAUCUUUGUCCCAUGGGUUCUCGGCUGGUGGAUGUGCAAGACGGUGCCGUACGUCCAAGGUGUUUCAGUCGCAGCAUCAGUCUACAGCCUUAUCGCGGUUACGCUUGACAGGUUCUUGGCUAUUUGGUGGCCUUUGAAAUGCCAGAUAACGACAAGACGGGCGAGAAUGAUGAUCCUCGUUAUUUGGGUGAUAGCGCUGACCACGACGAUCCCAUGGGCGCUUUUCUUCGAUUUGGUGGUGAUAUUCAGCGAUGACCCAGACGUGAAGCUCUGCCUUGAAGUCUGGCCAGACUACCUCAACGGCUCGCUGUAUUUUCUGAUCGCAAACCUCCUUUUCUGCUAUAUCCUUCCCAUGAUCCUCAUAUCAAUGUGCUAUGUGCUGAUCUGGAUCAAGGUGUGCAAGAGGCACAUCCCGAGCGACUCCAAAGACGCCCAAAUGGAGAGGAUGCAGCAGAAGAGCAAGGUGAAAGUCGUGAAAAUGCUCGUCGUCGUCGUUAUACUUUUCGUACUCUCUUGGCUACCUCUUUACCUCAUAUUCGCUAGAAUAAAACUAGGCGGGGACUUCUCACAAUGGGAAGACGAGAUCCUGCCUGUGGCUACUCCGGUGGCUCAGUGGCUCGGCUCCUCCAACUCUUGCAUAAACCCGAUCUUGUACGCCUUCUUCAACAAUAAAUAUAGAAGGGGAUUCGCUGCCAUUCUGAAAAGCAGAAAAUGUUGCGGUACCCUCAGGUACUACGACACAGUCGUCCGAGCCAAUUCUUCUUCGACCAGCCUGAGGAAGUCGUCCUAUUAUGUUACCAACAACAACAACAACAACAACUCCUCGACAAGGCGGCAACUGAGCCAAGAUACGAACGUCUCUUACAUUUCGAACAACACCGGGGUAUAAAAUCUUUGUCUGCCAAAUAAAUGGUUUGUCUUGUUUGGCUCUCUAGAGCAGUAACCUGCCGGUCGCACCAUGCACCAGCACUGUAACAGGGUAACCCACGGUCCAACCGAAUAUUUGACAGGCUCAAAUUUGGAGAUUGCCCAAAGUCAAAGUAUUUUAUAAAAAUUUACAUAUUAAAGAC